AUGAAGUUUACCCAACAAUUGACUAUUCUUCUCAUCAUUAUCUCAGUCUUUGCAACAUUUUCCUAUGCCCAGAAGACUCAGCCACAGCAGGCUCCUCAACCGACAACAUCAUCACCAUUGUCAAGUGGAUCGGAAACACCGACAAGUCCAACAGACGCAGCAGCUUCAACACCAACAUCGCAAAUAAAUACUUCUGGUGCCUCCUCUACUCAUAAGCAAACCGGAUUUGUUAUUAUUUUUGCUAGUUUCAUUGGUGCUUUACUAUUUUUCUAA